UUGUUGUGGCUCAUUUGGCAGAUCCUAGCUGGUUGUGCGGCAGCAUAAAAACUAGACUGAGCUGACGCUUGGUGGCUUCACUUAUCGCCUGGAGUGUAUGAGUAUGAGCACUGACAAGCAAUCGCUCCAAGAAAAAUUAAAUACAUCGUCGUGCUCACACGAAGAUGAAACCAAGUGGCAAGAAGCCGUCAAUGAGUUCAUAGAUCACGACAGAACCAUCGUCAAUGGCUGGCUAAGUGCACUGGAUAUGCUCAUGCUUUUCGCUGGACUCUUUGCUGCCAUUCUAUCCGCAUUUCUCAUCGAAUCGUCCCGGGACUUGAGGGCUAAAGAUAUAACCGUUCUAUCCGAUCAGAUAGCUCGGCUACUCUCUAAUGUCACUUCAACGGAUGUCGGCUCUGAAGUUGGUGAUUCCGGGGGGCGAUUUCACCCAUCGACUACCACUAUCGUGGUGAAUCGCUUAUGGUAUUCUUCCCUCGGCAUUACACUCAGUUCUACCGUCAUCUUGAUGCUCGCCAAACAAUGGCUAGAGGAGUACAGGACAUCAGGAAUGAGCCUGAAAUUCUUGAAUGAGGACUCGCUAGAGGGGAUUAAACAUCAAGCAUCUCUUGUGGCAUAUCGGAGUGCAGGGCUGUCACUAUGGAUAGUUCCUGAAAUUAUUGGGGUGCUUCCUAUUGCAUUGCACAUCGCGCUACUUCUCUUCGCAGGUGGACUCAUUGGUUACCUCUGGAAUGUGGAUCGAGUUAUUUCGAUACUUGGCGUUGUUUGCACCGCGCUCCUCGAGAUAUGCCACGCGACGUCACUAGUCGUACCCGCGAUCUUCCCAAGUUGCCCAUACAGAACUCCCAUCUCUCAUCUCUUUUCGAAUAUCGAAGGCGCGAUUCUAGUCUUUAGUUAUUGCGGUGUUCCCACAACUGGCAAAGGGAGCUUCACAAAUCCUUCCUCCACCGAACGACGCACUAUUUCUCCCGUGAAAAAUUCAUUUCAUCAAUAUUAUCUCCGCUUCGUGCAAGGUGAAAGCCGCCGUGUAUGGAGUAGCCUGUCGGUGCGAGACACGUUAUAUCACAAGGAAACAUACCAAGUAGAACAAAACGUGGAGGAUUGGCAGAUCGAGUUUCUCACACUAUUCCAGGAAAGAACAAGACGUCCAGCAAUGCGGGAAUGGGCCUUGAGGACCCGGGAGCAUAUCUCGGAGCUUCGAACCAACGCACUCCAAAACCACCCCCCAAGUUCAUCUAUAUCUGAUAUCACACUAGCAGUUACAAAUGUAUGAAAGAGAUCUUGUCAGAAAUGACCGAAGCGCCCGGGUGCGUUCGGGUCGACUUGACGAUAGACCGCUGGGACAUACAC